AUGCAGGGGUUGUGGUCCCGCGCUGUCUCGAAGCAGUCGUCCUGCCGCUGCAUCGGGUGUUUGAGUACCACCGCCAAUGGUGUCACUUCGAGAUCGGCUACCGCUGCCAGCAAGCGGAAACUUCGAAUUGGUAACUCUGUCACUGCAUUAUACACCAGCAUCUUCGCCGCCGCCGCCCUUGCCGAUGCCAGUGUGAAAGAUCGACGCCGACAUGACUGGGACGAAAAGAUUGCCGCGGUCAAGGCGGAAGUGAGCGAAUUGGUCGACGAGGAACAACGGAUUUUGGCUUCGUUACAAUCAGGAAGAGAGAACCGAGGUCUCAAUCGGUUAAUGCGGACGAGGGGAUUAGGCCCUGUUGGAAGAUUCCCGCCCGGAAUCCAAUCCCCGCCGGAUAUGAAUCGCUCUUUGAGAUCUUUUCAUACUGAGCGAAGGCGAUUGAAUGCUGUGAAUGCCCGCCUGUUGGAUAGUUCGCCGGCUGUGGAAGAGCAAGAUCAUGAUCUCGAUCAGACAGACGAGAGUGAGAUCUUUGUUGCACAAGAGACAUUGCCUCACUGGGUUCUUGAAGAUGACCUUCGUCUGAAGGCUAUACAAAAAUUGGCCUUGAGGCAGUUCGCUAUUCGAAUGCUGCUACGGCCUGCCAUUGCUCACCGUUAUUCCGGUGUUUCGAUGAAUUACGCGGCCGAUUUUGAGACCCCCCAGGUUGACGUUUCCCAGCUCCUUGAAGAAUUAAACACAAUUCGGCACCGCAUGAUCACUUUAAAAACACAACGGGACGCGGCAUUCAGCGACAUCACCAAGGACUAUGCUGCAAGCCAAUUGGGCGAAAUGCAAAGGGAGCGCGAAGUCCUUGAUGCCGAGCUUACGAACGAUAUCAACUCUUACACGAGCCAGGAGAUGUCCCUCCAAGAGCUGCUUCUAAGACUAUCUAAUAACAUCUUGAGCUCAACAGACCCAGAACGCCCGACAGCUUUCCGACUCAUGAUCAUGGCAUUCACACGGACCCGUCAAAAUGAUUUGGUAGAGCUGCUUCUGCGAACAUUAUUACCAAACCGAUUCUACAUCAAUCCUUCGCUAGUGAUUACGAUCAUAUCUUUCUUCAAGAAGUCGAAGAAUCUCAAGGACUUUGAUUUGUUCUUGAAGAUGCUCGGUGGAGAAGGGUAUUCCGUGAACUUGGGGAGCAGGGGCUAUUACAAACACCGAAAGGUCAAUGGGCUGGACAUCAUUGUGCCUUCUUUGAAUAGCACCAAUCCUGUCAUCUAUGCCAGCUUGAUCGGCGCUGCUUUGCGCUUUGAUCAACCCGAGCGAGCCGACGCUUGGCUCCAGGCUGCACGGAGUGGAGGCUUCUUUGAUAGCUGGGAGACUCUUUUCACAUACCUCCGGUUCUACAGUAUUCGCCGAGACUGGGAGAAGGGUGCCAAUGUGUUGAAAAGAGCUGUGACCUACCUCGUAUCGUCAACAGAUCAUCGCAUCGAUUCUGUUGAGCGAUUAAUAGGAAGAAUGGUGGGCCUUUGUGAUUCAUGUGAUCGACUUGAUACAUCGAAUGAAUUGAUCAAGGCUGCAAUCCACAGUGGAUUUGAUCCCCAACUCCUGUCUCGACAGGCGGAUAUGGCACCUUUCGUUCAAGAUGAUCUCAAACGGUGGUUUGCGGCUGCCAAGUCAACACCAAAGAAGAAUAUCAAUCGUCCUGUAUGGCAAAAGUGCUAUGACUUUGGCAACACGUUUGGUGAAUAUUUGAGCGACCUUGAAAUGCCUUCAGAAAGCGCCUUCGCCCACCAAAAUGCCAGAAUGGCUGAACAGCACGCAAACAAUGCCAUGUCUGCUGCCCUUGGCCACGGCCGAGGAAAGACCUCCAAGCCUGCCGACAACACACAUGCUGAAGACAUCUCCACACUCAAAACCGAGGUUGCACAACUCCGCGAGCUCGUUUUUGAACUCCGCAAACACCACAUCUCCGACUCUACAAAUGAGCACCCCUCUUCCGACACGAAGCGUGAUAUCCCAAAUCCUAUCCCUUCCACCGAGACUAAGCCUUCCAUCAACACAUCAACACCGAAACCCCUCCCUGUAAACCACAAAUUCACUCGAACCGCGGGCUCUAUCACGCUUGACAGAUCGAUGUCUACAUUGUCUCCUCAGAUACCCCCCAAACGCAAGACGAGGCAAUCUAAACGCGCUGCCAAGGCAUCAGCGAAGACGGCUGUUGAAGAUUCAACCACGCCUCCUCCCACUGAGGCGUAA